AUGAAAGACAUAAGAGUAGCCCGUCCUUCUGUUGCUGCAUCUGAUGAAAAAACUCAGAUUCGGCUAUCUGACUUGAUGAACGAGAAUGAUUUAUCAUCCAACCGUGUUCAGUACACCCCUGAAAUUGAGAAGACGUAUGUUCACCAGGUUUAUGAUGCAAUUGCUCCUCACUUUAGUUCAACUAGAUUUGCUAAAUGGCCUAAGGUUGCAUCGUUUUUAGAUUCUUUGCCUCAAGGAUCUCUUGUCCUGGAUGCAGGAUGUGGAAAUGGGAAGUACCUGGGUUUUAAUCCCAACUGCUUUUUCAUAGGAUGUGAUAUAAGCUCGCCUUUAAUUGGUAUAUGUACAGAGAGAGGGCAUGAAGCCUUGGUCGCUGAUGCUGUAAAUUUGCCUUAUAAAAGUGUCUUUGGUGAUGCAGCAAUCUCAAUUGCUGUGUUGCAUCACUUGAGUACUGAAAGUAGGAGGAGAAAAGCCAUUGAAGAGCUGGUUAGAGUUGUUAGGAAGGGAGGUUUAGUGUUAAUAACAGUCUGGGCUGUUGAGCAUGAAGACCAAGGUUUGCUAAGUAAAUGGACCCCAUUGUCGCAUAAGUACCUAGAUGAGUGGAUUGGACCCGGUAGUCCACGUGUGCGUAGCCCCCGGUCAUUGAAUUUGGAAAGCAUUCCUGAAAGCAAAGAGAAAGGUCCUCGAGAGUCAUGCAAAGUUUCUAGAGAGUCCCUUGGUGCAAGGCUGGAUAAAACCAUGAAAAUAAAUGACCAAGAAAAUUCCUAUAAUGAUGAUAGGUGUACAGAAAAUCAACAGGAGUACUUUGUUCCAUGGCACUUGCCUUAUCAUCGUGCUGAAAUUAAUGGUGCUUCUGCUUGUGCUGUUGCAAAUGGUCUGGCAAGAAAAGAUGACAAGAAGGGUGCUGUGGUGUAUAAGCGAUAUUACCAUGUGUUUAGUGAAGGUGAACUUGAAAGAUUAGUAUCUGGCAUGAGCAACACUAUAAUCGUGGAUCACUUUUCUGACAAAUCAAAUUGGUGUAUUAUUCUUGAAAAAACACAGUGA